AUGAACGAGCGCCAUCAGUAGUGGUCUGAUGGCAGUUUGGGGUCAAACCAGGGGUUCCAGGUGAGACGCCGAGGCAGCGAGAACACUGCAGGUAGGACGGCCGCCGCCCCUGGGCCGAACCACACGUCCCGGCAAGCGGCCCAGCUCCGGGACGGCGGUGCCGCGCUCCGGCCCUACGCGGGCUCUGGCGUCCGCACGCCCGCACCGGUGCUGCGCAGUCUCCUCUUCGGCGUUCCGCAGAGCUCUUUGAGUAGAGGGACUUCUUAGGACUAGAACCCGGCAGACUUUACGAACUGCUCCACUUCCGGCGACAGCGGAAGUAGCUUGAGGAUGGCGUCCUCGGUGAGCGGGCGAGCCGCAGUCCCUGGGAAAAGGGAACCUCGUAGCAAGAAGCCGAAGCCGGAGAGCCGUGAUGAAUCAGAACUCCUCACUGUUCCUGACGGUUGGAAGGAACCAGCUUUUUCCAAAGAGGACAAUCCCAGAGGAUUCUUGGAGGAGAGCAGUUUUGCAACUUUGUUCCCAAAAUACAGAGAGGCUUACCUGAAAGAGUGCUGGCCAUUGGUACAGAAAGCCUUGAAUGAACAUCAUGUUAAUGCAACCCUGGACCUGAUCGAGGGCAGCAUGAGUGUUUGUACAACAAAGAAGACUUUUGACCCAUAUAUCAUCAUCAGGGCCAGAGACCUAAUAAAACUUCUAGCAAGGAGCGUUUCAUUUGAACAGGCAGUACGAAUUCUUCAGGAUGAUAUUGCAUGUGACAUCAUUAAAAUAGGUUCGUUAGUAAGAAAUAAAGAAAGAUUUGUAAAAAGAAGACAACGGCUCAUUGGUCCCAAAGGAUCUACACUGAAGGCAUUGGAGCUCUUAACAAACUGUUACAUUAUGGUUCAGGGAAACACAGUUUCAGCCAUUGGACCUUUUAGUGGCUUAAAAGAGGUUCGGAAAGUAGUCUUAGAUACUAUGAAGAAUAUUCAUCCAAUUUACAACAUUAAAACCUUAAUGAUUAAACGAGAGUUGGCAAAGGAUUCUGAAUUAAGAUCACAGAGUUGGGAAAGGUUUUUGCCACAGUUCAAGCACAAAAAUGUGAAUAAACGCAAGGAACCAAAGAAAAAAACUGCUAAGAAGGAGUAUACACCAUUCCCACCACCACAGCCAGAGAGUCAGAUUGAUAAAGAAUUGGCUAGUGGUGAAUACUUUUUGAAGGCAAGUCAAAAGAAGCGACAGAAAAUGGAAGCAAUAAAGGCUAAACAAGCAGAAGCUCUCAGCAAAAGACAAAAGGAAAGAAACAAAGCUUUUAUUCCACCUGAAGAAAAACCAGUCAGGAAACCUAAGGAAGCUUCUACUGAAACUAAAAUUGAUGUGGCCACCAUCAAGGAAAAGGUGAAGAAAGCAAAGAAUAAGAAACUGGGAGCUCUUACAACAGAAGAAGUUAAGCUUAAAAUGGAAGCAGAUGAAAAGAAAAAGAAGAAAAAGAAGUAAUAUAUUUUUAAAAAACCCUGAACUAGAACUUACUAAGCUAUCUCCUUUUGUAAAGGAUUUUGAGAUAUUAGGGCAUUAUUUGCCUUUUCUGUGAGAAGUAUUACUCUGAUCACUUUUUUUUGGUAUUAUUAAUAUACAAUCACAUGAGCAACAUUGUGGUUACUAGAGUCCCCCAUUAUCAAGUCCCCACCGCAUACCCCAUUACAGUCACUGUCCAUCAGCGUGGUGAGAUGCUAUAGUCACUGCUUGUCUUCUCUGUGCUGUACGGCCCUCCCCAUGCAGCCCCCUAUGUUAUCUGUGCUCAUCUGAUCACUUUUUUCUGAGUUCGUUUUGUUCUUCAUUAUAUGUUUAUAUGAACAGCUAGUCUUUAUAAAUAUAAAUUAUUGUAUUCAUGUGUCUCUUCAAAAAAUUAUACUAGAAAAUGAAACAUUUCUUUUUAUAUAUUGUACCUAAUCUCUUUGCCUUUACAUAAUUUUUUACGAGUAAUUCUUUAGGUUGUUUAUAUAAACAUUUUUGGACUGUGGCUAUUGUAAUUAUCCAUCAAAUCCAGUGUCUGAUGCCAUUGGUUAGUCUUCAAAUAUAAUCAUGUCCCAGCUUUUGGUUUUGAGGAAAAUAAAUGCAGAUUUUUUAGGUCUCUCUAAUGAUUAAAAGUAUUUAGGCUUAA